CAUCCAUUACAGCAAAAGCUGAGAGAACAAAUGGCGAUAACACGAAUGGCAAGCAAGGUUACUUAAGUCAUGGUUCUACGUUUACAAGCCAUACCGAUUUUGUAGUAGCAGUCCAAGAAUAUGCGAUACGACAAGGUUUUACCAUGAGGCUCCAUAAAUUAAAAAGGAACAAAGCUGGUGCUGUGCGAUGGAGAGAAAUAGUUUGUUCGCGUAAUGGAACUUCAAGUAAAAAAAAGGAAAGUGGGGAUAAACCAACGCGUAAUCGUCAAUCUCAACGAUGUAAAUGCCCAUUUUUAGUUCGUGCUUCCUUGAAUGGUACAUCAGGGUUAUGGGAAAUUAUCUCAACAAAGUUGGAACAUAAUCAUGAUAUCGGAAAUACAGCAAAGUCAAACGUGACAAGUCAGGGUUAG